AGCCCAGAGGAGCAGCCACACAGGAAAAAAAAAAAGAGGUAAAAAUCAACUGCAAGCAGAGGAGGGAGGGAAAGAGGAGUAGGGGGGGGGGCUGAAAACGCCCUGGAAAGUUUGAUCGAGAAAUACGAAAAGACUGGCAAAAUCCAAUCAGACUUCAAGGUUGAGACGGAGAGAAGUGCUUUUCUUGGGCUGAGGAGAAGGGGAGAGGACACGUUUUCAAGGAUGCUCAAGCGGGUGUGAGGGUUCGAGAGCGCAAAGGUUGCGUUCAGAAGUCAAGAAACAAAGCAUCAGAGUGAAGCCCUUGGCCUUGCUUGAGCAAUCCAAGGAAAACCAAGGCAGACCUUCCAUCACACAUCAAAUAAAGGAAAGAAAAAAAAAAGAUGGCUGAAGAGGAAGAAACAAGGGAGGUGCUGUUCCCAGACUGGGAAGGCCCAGACAAAACUGGCUUGACCAUUGAACAGACACAAGAAGGAGAGAUCUUUGUUAAGGAGGUCAAAGGAGAAUCACCAGCAGCACGGUCUGGGAAAGUAUAUGAAGGUGACCAAAUUGUUGGUGCCACUAUCUACUUUGAUAACAUGACCUCAGACGAGACAGCUGAACUACUCAAGACACUGAACCGCCACAAGGUUGGACUGAAACUACAAAACAAAGGAGACAAAUCCCCUUGUUGCUCACCGUUGAGCACACCAUGCCGCUCACCAAUGGGUACCCUGACAUGGGAGGGGAAGACCCGGUUUGGAGGUUCAAGUCCAGACAUUAUUCUCAGUGGGGAUGAUGAGGACUAUAAGAGGAUAUACACAAAAAAGAUCAAACCAAGACUGAAGUCUGAAGACUUAGCAGAAGGAGUUGACGUGCGCACGGAGCGGCAUAGCAGCACAAGCAGCGAUGGUAGUACGAUUACCACCAUCACCCGCCGCAUUACUACCUACACUGUGGAUAUGCCCCAUGGCAUAAGUGAGCAACUUGAACUUUCAAGCCCAGAAUUCAAGGGGCUAAGAUAUGAAUCUGGGGAUGGUUCUCCUCCAACCAGAAUCUCACAUGGCAGCCCUGCAGGUAAAAUGGGAGACGAAGAGGGUGUUUUUGAAUUACAAAAUGUCUCUUACACUGGACCACAAGUUAGUUCUGCAGAGACACGUCGGGGCACUAAGGGAGUUUAUACUACCACAAUUAUAAGAGAGGGAGACAGAGAAACAGGUACAGGUCUCCAAUUUAAAGGACCAAACUUUGGAGCUACAGGAGUUAAAGUACAAGGAGACUUUGAAAUCUCAAGAGGGAGUGGAGAGCAAGGUGAUGGAGGUAUGCAGGUAUCACAAGCAAGCAUGCCACUGAGAGAUAGUACAAACACUGGUAGUAGGCAUGUUUCAGUAGGAGGGCUGGGAGGUACAAACGUAAUUUCAACUGAUGAGAAUGGAGGUUCAAUAAAUCUGUCUUUACCUGGGAAAAGUAUGCCGAUUUUGACGAGACAAUCACAGGAGGGACGUGUUGACACUAGUCAAGAUGACAGCACAAACGUGAAGGUGACUGAAAUUUCCAUUGGUAACCAGCAGGGGUCAGCCAGUGUUGAUGUUCCAAAUGUCAAACUCAGUGGAGGCGCAAUUGAUGUUAAUACUGAAUUGACAGGUGGCAGAAUAGGAGGUGGCUCAACAACAUUAGGCUAUGUUACCUCAAAACAUUCCUCUGGUGUUGAUGUCAAAAUUAAAGGUUCAAAGCCUGGUGUGUUUGAAACAAAAGGAAUCCAGAAGGAGGGAGGUAAAGUUGACAUUAAACUCAGCAGUGUUGCAGAAAAGCCAGUAACAGUGACACAUGAAGAGGUGCCAAAAAUAGGUAUCGAUGUAACAGUACCAAAAACUGAUAUUGCAGUGAAGACAACUACAAUAGACGUUCCAGGUGUUGACAAAAGCAGCCGGGAAAUGGGGUUGCCUGGGUUUAAAAUAUCAUCUUCUGGUAUUAGAGGAUCAGACGCUGAUUUUGAAGGACCUAAAGAUGCAUUUGAAAUUUCCAAAGGUCAAACUCCAUCAUUUGGUAUCACAAGUACAAAGAUAGGGGGUCCCAGUCUUGAUCUAAGCACGACCAAAGGUGAUUUCAAGACACCUAAAGUUGACAUUAAGUCCCAACACAGAGAUAAUCAAAGACCUCAAACAGAAAUUACAGGACAUACAUUCAGCAUGACAUCUGCGAAGGAAACAAAUAUACCACAAUUUGACAUUAAAGUCAAAGGUCCAAAGAUGGCAGGAAAUGUGGAUGCUUCAGCUCCAAAAAUCACAGGUGAUAUAAAGUAUCCUGAGGUGGAUAUCAAAGGACAAGAUAUUGACACAGGACUUGAUGCACAACUGAAAGGAGCCAAAAUUAGCUUGCCAAGAGUGGAUGAAGGUGGAUUUGACAUUCCUAAAGUGGGAGAUGUGAAUGUUUCAGUUCCAAAAAUCAAAGGUGACAAGGGUCCUGAAGUUGAUAUUGAAAGACCAGAUGUUACAGGUGUCUACCUUCCAAAGGCUGAGAUAAGUUUGAGAACAUCUGAUACUGAUGUUAAAUUACCAGAUGCAGAAAUUAGAGGACCUGACAAAAAAGCAAAAGGAGCCAAAAUUAGCAUGCCAACAAUUUCCACGUCAGAUAUACAUUUAGAUCUCAAAGGUCCAAAAAUCAAAGGUGAUGCUGAUAUUGGUGGUUCAAAAAUAGGGGGAGUUAUCAAAACACCUGACAUCAAAGGUCCUACAGUUGAUGCUAAAGGGCCUGAGGGUGGAGUUGAAAUACCUAAAAUCAACAUGCCAGAGUUUGGCAUUAAGGGUCAGAAAGUGGAAGGCCAAGAUGUUAAUGUUGACCUUCCAAAAGUUAAAUUUGAUGUGAAACCACCUGGCAUUAACAUUAAGUCAACAGACAUAAAUAUUGAAGGUCCAGACGCAAAUAUGGAAGGACUGAAAAUUGGUGUGCCAACCCAAAAAGGACCAAAAAUGCCAGAAAUAGAUAGUAAAUUUGAAGGCCCUAAGGUAGGAGGAGAGGUGAAUGUUUCUGUUCCUAAAAUCAAAGGAAACAUAAAGAGUCCUGAAGUGAAUAUUGAAGGGCCAGAUGCUGACACUGAAGGACCUACUGCAAAACUCAAAGGAGCCUCAAUUAGCUUGCCUACCAUUUCAGGAACAGAUACUUCCAUGCCAGCUGUGGAUUUCCAUUUGAAAGGUCCGAAACUCAAAGGUGAUGCUGAUGUCUCUGCUCCAUCGAUAGAAGGAGAAAUUAAACCUUCUGAACUUGACAUUAAAGGUAUGACAGUUGACACGGAAGGGUCCAAAGCUGGAUUUGAAAUCCCUAAAAUAAAAUUACCAAAAUUUGGCCUUAAGGGUUCAAACAUAAAAGGCCCUGAUGCUGACGUGAACCUUCCGAAGGUUAACAUUGAUGUGAAAGGACCUGAUGUUGAAAUCCCAACUGCAGAAAUUGAAGCACCUAAUGAGAAAAUCAAAGGCCCUAAGAUCAACUUGCCAACCAUUUCAGGACAAACGAUUUCCAUGCCAAAUGUAGAUAUAAACCUGAAAGGUUCCAAGCUAAAGAGUGAUGUUGAUAUUUCUGCUCCAACAAUAGAAGGAGAAAUCAAACCACCAGACACUGACAUCAAAGGUCCAACAGUUCAUGUUGAAGGGCCAAAGGGUGGAUUUGAAAUGCCUAAAAUUAAAAUGCCAAAGUUUGGCCUUAAGGGUUCAAAAUUGAAAGAUACAGAUGUUGACAUGAACCUUCCACAGGCUGACACUGAUGGUGUUGGAAUCCCAACUGCAGAUGUUGAAAAACCUAAUGCAACAAUCAAAGGACCUAAAAUAAACUUGCAAACCAUUUCAGAGCCUAAAAUUUCAUUGCAAACACUCAAAGGUGAUGUGGAUUUGUCCGCUGCAAAGAUUGAGGGAGACAUUAAAGCUCCGGAAGUUGAUAUUGAAGGACCAGAUGUCAGCAUUGAUGGUAAGAAAGAAGGAUUCACAUUACCAAAAGUAAAAAUGCCAUCUUUUGGCAUAAAAGGCCCGAAUAUUGAAGGACCAGAUGUUGACAUCAAAGUUAAAAAACCUGAAAUUGAUGUUAAAGCACCUGAAUUGGAAAUCAGUGGUCCAAAAAUUGAUAUGAAGACCCCUAGUGGUAAUAUCAAAGAACCAACAUUGAAAAUGCCAAGCAUUUCAGGUACCAAAAUCUCCAUGCCAGAUGCUGACUUAAAUUUGAAAGGUCCAAAACUUAAAGGAGAUUUGGAUUUGAAAACUCCAAAGAUUGAGGGAGAAAUUAAAGUUCCUGAGGUUGAUAUUGAAGGUCCAGAAAUUGAUAUUGAAAGCCCUAGUGGCAAGAUCAAAGGACCAAAAUUAAAGAUGCCAAGCAUGUCAGGGCCAAAAAUCUCCAUGCCAGAUGUUGACUUAAAUUUGAAAGGACCCAAAGUCAAGGGUGAUGUGGGUGUGAAAGCUCCAAAGAUUGAGGGAGACAUUAAAGUUCCUGAAGUGGACAGUGAAGGACUGGAUAUCAACACUGACAGUGACAAAGUAGGACUUAAAAUGCCAAAAUUUAAACUGCCAUCGUUUGGUAUGAAAGGCCGAAAUGUUGAAGGACCAGAUGUUGACAUCAAUGUUACAAAACCUGACAUUGACGUUAACGCACCUGAAAUUGACAUUAAAGGUCCAGAAAUUGAUAUUGAGAGUCCUAGUGGUGAGAUAAAAGGACCAUCACUCAAGAUGCCAAGUAUUUCAGGGCCAAAAAUUUCCAUGCCAGAUGUUGACUUCAAUUUGAAAGGUGCUAAACUCAAAAGUGAUGUGGAUUUGUCGGCUCCAAAGAUUGAGGGAGAUAUUAAGGCUCCAAAAGUUGAUAUUGAAGGACCAGAUAUCAGCAUUGAUGGCAAGAAAGGAGGAUUUGCAUUACCAAAAGUCAAAAUGCCAUCUUUUGGCAUGAAAGGCCCGAAUAUUGAAGGACCAGAUGUUGACAUCAGUGUUAAAAAACCUGACAUUGAUGUUAAAGCACCUGAGUUGGACAUCAGAGGUCCAGAAAUUGAUAUUGAGACUCCUAGUGGCAAGAUCAAAGGACCAAAAUUCAAGAUGCCAAGCAUGUCAGGUCCCAAAAUCUCCAUGCCAGAUGUUGACUUCAAUUUGAAAGGUCCCAAUCUAAAAAGUGAUGUGGAUUUGUCAGCUCCAAAAAUUGAGGGAGACAUUAAAGCUCCGGAAGUUGAUAUUGAAGGACAGGAUGUAAGCAUUGAUGGAAAGAAAGGGGGAUUCAGUUUACCAAAAGUCAAAAUGCCAUCUUUUGGCUUUAAAGGCCCGAAUAUUGAAGGACCAGAUAUUGACAUCAAUGUUAAAAAACCUGACAUUGAUGUUAAAGCACCUGAACUGGACAUCAGUGGUCCAGAAAUUGAUAUUGAGAGUCCUAGUGGCAAGAUCAAAGGACCAAAAUUAAAGAUGCCAAGCAUUUCAGGGCCCAAAAUCUCCAUGCCAGAUGUUGACUUCAAUUUGAAAGGUCCAAAACUCAAAGGUGAUGUGGAUUUGUCCGCUCCAAAGAUUGAAGGAGACAUUAAAGUUCCGGAAGUUGAUAUCAAAGGUCCAGAAAUUGAUAUUGAAAGCUCUAGUGGAAAGAUCAAAGGACCAAAAUUCAAGAUGCCAAGCAUUUCAGGGCCCAAAAUCUCCAUGCCAGAUGUUGAUCUCAAUUUGAAAGGUCCCAAUCUCAAAGGUGAUGUGGAUUUGUCAGCUCCAAAAAUUGAGGGAGACAUUAAAGCUCCGGAAGUUGAUAUUGAAGGACCAGAUGUCAGCAUUGAAGGAAAGAAAGGAAGCUUCACGUUACCAAAAGUCAAAAUGCCAUCGUUUGGCAUGAAAGGCCCAAAUAUCGAAGGACCAGAUGUUGACAUCAAUGUUAAAAAAUCUGACAUUGAUGUUAAAGUACCUGAACUGGACAUCAGUGGUCCAGAAAUUGAUAUUGAGAGUCCCAGUGGAAAGAUCAAAGGACCAAAAUUCAAAAUGCCAAGUAUUUCAGGGCCCAAAAUCUCCAUGCCAGAUGUUGACUUCAAUUUGAAAGGUCCCAAUCUCAAAAGUGAUGUGGAUUUGUCAGCUCCAAAAAUUGAGGGAGACAUUAAAGCUCCAGAAGUUGAUAUAGAAGGACCAGAUGUCAGCAUUGAUGGAAAGAAAGGAGGUUUCACAUUACCAAAAGUAAAAAUGCCAUCUUUUGGCUUUAAAGGACCGAAUAUCGAAGCACCAGAUGUUGACAUCAAUGUUAAAAAACCUGACAUUGAUGCUAAAGCCCCUGAACUGGACAUCAGAGGUCCAGAAAUUGAUAUUGAGAGUCCUAGUGGCAAGAUCAAAGGACCAAAAUUCAAGAUGCCAAGCAUUUCAGGGCCCAAAAUCUCCAUGCCAGAUGUUGACUUAAAUUUGAAAGGUCCCAAACUCAAAGGUGAUGUGGAUUUGUCCACUCCAAAGAUUGAAGGGGAUAUUAAAGUUCCGGAAGUUGAUAUUGAAGGACCAGAUAUCAACAUCGAUAGUGAGAAAGGAGGACUUAAAAUGCCUAAAUUCAAGUUGCCAUCUUUUGGCAUGAAAGGCCAAAACAUUGAAGGACCAGAUGUUGAUAUCGAUGUGAAAAAACCUGACAUUGACGUUAAAGCACCUGAAUUGGACAUCAGUGGUCCAGAAAUUGAUAUAGAGAGUCCCAGUGGCAAGAUCAAAGGCCCAAAAUUCAAGAUGCCAAGCAUUUCAGGGCCGAAAAUUUCCAUGCCAGAUGUUGACUUCAAUUUGAAAGGUCCCAAUCUCAAAGGUGAUGUGGAUUUGUCCGCUCCAAAGAUCAAGGGAGACAUUAAACCUCCAGAAGUUGAUAUUGAAGGACCAGAUGUAAGCAUUGAUGGAAAGAAAGGAGGAUUCACGUUACCAAAAGUCAAAAUGCCAUCUUUUGGCUUUAAAGGCCCAAAUAUUGAAGGACCAGAUGUUGAUAUCAAUGUUAAAAAACCUGACAUUGACGUUAAAGCACCUGAACUGGAAAUCAGAGGUCCAGAAAUUGAUAUAGAGAGUCCUAGUGGCAAGAUCAAAGGACCAAAAUUAAAGAUGCCAAGCAUUUCAGGGCCCAAAAUCUCCAUGCCAGAUGUUGACUUCAAUUUGAAAGGUCCCAAUCUCAAAGGUGAUGUGGAUUUGUCAGCUCCAAAAAUUGAGGGAGACAUUAAAGCUCCAGAAGUUGAUAUUGAAGGACCAGAUGUCAGUAUUGAUGGAAAGAAAGGAGGAUUCACGUUACCAAAAGUCAAAAUGCCAUCUUUUGGCUUUAAAGGCUCAAAUAUUGAAGGACCAGAUGUUGACAUUAAUGUUAAAAAACCUGACAUUGAUGUUAAAGCACCUGAAUUGGACAUCAGAGGUCCAGAAAUUGAUAUUGAGAGUCCUAGUGGCAAGAUCAAAGGGCCAAAAUUAAAGAUGCCAAGCAUUUCAGGGCCCAAAAUCUCCAUGCCAGAUGUUGACUUCAAUUUGAAAGGUCCCAAUCUCAAAGGUGAUGUGGAUUUGUCAGCUCCAAAAAUUGAGGGAGACAUUAAAGCUCCGGAAGUUGAUAUUGAAGGACCAGAUGUCAGCAUUGAUGGAAAGAAAGGAGGAUUCACAUUACCAAAAGUAAAAAUGCCAUCUUUUGGCUUUAAAGGCCCAAAUAUUGAAGGACCAGAUGUUGACAUUAGUGUUAAAAAACCUGACAUUGAUGUUAAAGCACCUGAAUUGGACAUCAGAGGUCCAGAAAUUGAUACUGAGAGUCCUAGUGGCAAGAUCAAAGGACCAAAAUUCAAGAUGCCAAGCAUUUCAGGGCCAAAAAUCUCCAUGCCAGAUGUUGACUUAAAUUUGAAAGGUCCCAAACUCAAAGGUGAUGUGGAUUUGUCUGCUCCAAAGAUUGAGGGAGAUAUUAAAGUUCCGGAAGUUGAUAUUGAAGGACCAGAUAUCAACAUUGACAGUGAGAAAGGAGGACUUAAAAUGCCCAAAUUCAAACUGCCAUCUUUUGGCAUGAAAGGCCCAAACAUUGAAGGACCAGAUCUUGAUAUCAAUGUUAAAAAACCUGACAUUGACGUUAAAGCACCUGAAUUGGACAUCAGUGGUCCAAAAAUUGAUAUAGAGAGUCCUAGUGGAAAGAUCAAAGGACCAAAAUUCAAGAUGCCAAGCAUUUCAGGGCCGAAAAUCUCCAUGCCAGAUAUUGACUUCAAUUUGAAAGGUCCCAAUCUCAAAGGUGAUGUGGAUUUGUCAGCUCCAAAGAUCGAGGGAGACAUUAAAGCUCCGGAAGUUGAUAUUGAAGGACCAGAUGUCAGCAUUGAUGGAAAGAAAGGAGGCUUCACGUUACCAAAAGUCAAAAUGCCAUCUUUUGGCUUUAAAGGCCCAAAUGUCGAAGGACCAGAUGUUGACUUCAAUGUUAAAAAACCUGACAUUGAUGUUAAAGCACCUGAAUUGGACAUCAGUGGUAAAGAAAUUGAUAUUGAGAGUCCUAGUGGCAAUAUCAAAGGACCAAAAUUCAAGAUGCCAAGCAUUUCAGGGCCCAAAAUCUCCAUGCCAGAUGUUGACUUCAAUUUGAAAGGUCCCAAACUCAAAGGUGAUGUGGAUUUGUCCACUCCAAAGAUUGAGGGAGACAUUAAAGCUCCGGAAGUUGAUAUUGAAGGACCAGAUAUCAACAUCGACAGUGAGAAAGGAGGACUUAAAAUGCCAAAAUUCAAAUUGCCAUCUUUUGGCAUGAAAGGCCCAAAUAUUGAAAGGCCAGAUAUUGACAUCAAUGUUAAAAAGCCUGAUAUUAAUGUUAAAGCACCUGAAUUGGACAUCAAAGGUCCAGAAAUGGAUAUUGAAAGCCCUAGUGGCAAGAUCAAAGGACCAAAAUUCAAGAUGCCAAGCAUUUCAGGGCCCAAAAUCUCCAUGCCAGAUGUUGAUCUCAAUUUGAAAGGUCCGAAUCUCAAAGGUGAGGUGGAUUUGUCAGCUCCAAAAAUUGAGGGAGAUAUUAAAGCUCCGGAAAUUGAUAUUGAAGGACCAGAUGUCAGCAUUGAUGGAAAGAAAGGAGGCUUCACAUUACCAAAAGUCAAAAUGCCAUCUUUUGGCUUUAAAGGCCCAAAUAUCGAAGGACCAGAUGUUGACAUCAAUGUUAAAAAACCUGACAUUGAUGUUAAAGCACCUGAAUUGGAUAUCAGUGGUCCAGAAAUUGAUAUUGAGAGUCCUAGUGGUAAGAUCAAGGGACCAAAAUUCAAGAUGCCAAGUAUUUCAGGGCCCAAAAUCUCAAUGCCAGAUGUUGACUUCAAUUUGAAAGGUCCCAAACUCAAAGGUGAUGUUGAUUUGUCAGCUCCAAAGAUUGAGGGAGAUAUUAAGGCUCCAAAAGUUGAUAUUGAAGGACCAGAUAUCAGCAUUGAUGGCAAGAAAGGAGGAUUUGCAUUACCAAAAGUAAAAAUGCCAUCUUUUGGCAUGAAAGGCCCGAAUAUUGAAGGACCAGAUGUUGACAUCAGUGUUAAAAAACCUGACAUUGAUGUUAAAGCACCUGAGUUGGACAUCAGAGGUCCAGAAAUUGAUAUUGAGGCUCCUAGUGGCAAGAUCAAAGGACCAAAAUUCAAGAUGCCAAGCAUGUCAGGUCCCAAAAUCUCCAUGCCAGAUGUUGACUUCAAUUUGAAAGGUCCCAAUCUCAAAGGUGAUGUGGAUUUGUCAGCUCCAAAAAUUGAGGGAGACAUAAAGGCUCCGGAAGUUGAUAUUGAAGGACCAGAUGUCAGCAUUGAUGGAAAGAAAGGAGGAUUCACAUUACCAAAAGUCAAAAUGCCAUCUUUUGGCAUGAAAGGCCCACAUAUUGAAGGACCGGAUUUUGAUAUCAACGUUCCAAAACCUGACAUUGAUGUUAAAGCACCUGAACUGGACAUCAAAGGUCCAGAAAUUGAUAUUGGCACCCCUAGUGGAAAGAUUAAAGGACCAAAAUUCAAGAUGCCAAGUAUUUCAGGGCCCAAAAUCUCCAUGCCAGAUGUUGACUUCAAUUUGAAAGGUCCCAAACUCAAAGGUGAUGUGGAUUUGUCCGCUCCAAAGAUUGAGGGAGACAUUAAAGCUCCAGAAGUUGAUAUUGAAGGACCAGAUGUCAGCAUUGAUGGAAAGAAAGGUUUCACAUUACCAAAAGUCAAAAUGCCAUCUUUUGGCUUUAAAGGCCCGAAUAUUGAAGGACCAGAUGUUGACAUCAAUGUUAAAAAACCUGACAUUGAUGUGAAAGCACCUGAACUGGACAUCAGUGGUCCAGAAAUUGAUAUUGAGAGUCCUAGUGGUAAGAUCAAGGGACCCAAAUUAAAGAUGCCAAGUAUUUCAGGGCCCAAAAUCUCAAUGCCAGAUGUUGACUUCAAUUUGAAAGGUCCCAAACUCAAAGGUGAUGUGGAUUUGUCCGCUCCAAAGAUUGAGGGAGACAUUAAACCUCCAGAAGUUGAUGUUGAAGGACCAGAUGUCAGCAUUGAUGGAAAGAAAGGAGGAUUUGCAUUACCAAAAGUCAAAAUGCCAUCUUUUGGCUUUAAAGGCCCAAAUAUUGAAGGACCAGAUGUUGAUAUCAAUGUUAAAAAACCUGACAUUGGUGUUAAAGCACCUGAAUUGGAUAUCAGUGGUCCAGAAAUUGAUAUUGAGAGUCCUAGUGGCAAGAUCAAAGGACCAAAAUUCAAGAUGCCAAGCAUUUCAGGGCCCAAAGUCUCCAUGCCAGAUGUUGACAUCAAUUUGAAAGGUCCCAAACUCAAAGGUGAUGUGGAUUUGUCUGCUCCAAAGAUUGAAGGAGAUAUUAAAGUUCCUGAAGUUGAUAUUGAAGGACCAGAUAUUAACAUUGACAGUGAGAAAGGAGGACUUAAAAUGCCAAAAUUCAAAAUGCCAUCUUUUGGCCUGAAAGGUCCACAUAUUGAAGGACCAGAUGUUGACAUCAAUGUUCCAAAACCAGACAUUGACAUUAAAGCACCUGAAUUGGAUAUCAGUGCUCCAGAAAUUGAUAUUGAGAGUCCUAGUGGCAAAAUCAAAGGACCAAAAUUCAAGAUGCCAAGCAUUUCAGGGCCCAAAAUCUCCAUGCCAGAUGUUGACUUCAAUUUGAAAGGUCCCAAUCUCAAAGGUGAUGUUGAUUUGUCCGCUCCAAAGAUUAAGGGAGACAUUAAACCUCCGGAAGUUGAUAUUGAAGGACCAGAUGUCAGCAUUGAUGGAAAGAAAGGAGGAUUCACGUUACCAAAAGUCAAAAUGCCAUCUUUUGGCUUUAAAGGCCCGAAUAUUGAAGGACCAGAUAUUGACAUCAAUGUUAAAAAACCUGACAUUGACGUUAAAGCACCUGAACUGGACAUCAGAGGUCCGGAAAUUGAUAUGGAGAGUCCUAGUGGUAAAAUUAAAGGACCAACAUUCAAGAUGCCAAGCAUUUCGGGACCCAAAAUCUCAAUGCCGGAUAUGGAUGUCAAUUUGAAAGGUCCCAAACUCAAAGGUGAUGUGGAUUUGUCAGCUCCAAAGAUUGAAGGAGACAUUAAAACUCCUGAAGUUAAUGUUAAAGUACCAGAAAUUGAUACAGACAGUCCUAGUGGCAAGAUCAAGGGACCAACAUUUAAGGUGCCAAGCAUUUCAGGGCCCACAUUAUCCAUGCCAGAUGUUGACUUCAAUUUGAAAGGUCCCAAACCUAAAGGAGAUUUGGAAUUGACAACUCCAAAGAUUGAGGGAGAUAUUAAAGCUCCUAAAGUUGACAUUGAAGGACCAGAUGUCAACAUUGAGGGCAACACAGGAAUAAAAAUGCCAAAAUUCAAAAUGCCAUCUUUUGGCUUUAAAGGCCCAAAUAUCGAAGGACCAGAUGUUGACAUCAAUGUUAAAAAACCUGACAUUGAUGUUAAAGCACCUGAAUUGGAUAUCAGUGGUCCAGAAAUUGAUAUUGAGAGUCCUAGUGGUAAGAUCAAGGGACCAAAAUUCAAGAUGCCAAGUAUUUCAGGGCCCAAAAUCUCCAUGCCAGAUGUUGACUUCAAUUUGAAAGGUCCCAAUCUCAAAGGUGAUGUUGAUUUGUCAGCUCCAAAGAUUGAGGGAGAUAUUAAAGCUCCGGAAGUUGAUAUUGGAGGACCAGAUGUCAGCAUUGAUGGAAAGAAAGGAGGAUUCACGUUACCAAAAGUCAAAAUGCCAUCUUUUGGCUUUAAAGGCCCAAAUAUUGAAGGACCAGAUGUUGACAUCAAUGUUGAAAAACCUGACAUUGAUGUUAAAACACGUGAACUGGACAUCAGUGGCCCAAAAAUUGAUAUUGAGAGUCCUAGUGGCAAUAUCAAGGGACCAACAUUUAAGAUGCCAACCAUUUCAGGGCCCAAAAUCUCCAUGCCAGAUGUUGACCUCAAUUUGAAAGGUCCAAAACUGAAAGGAGAUGUGGAACUGAAAACUUCCAAGAUUGAAGGAGACAUUAAAGGUCCCAAAGUUGAUAUUGAAGGACCAGAUGUCAAUGUUGACAGCCACACAGGAGGAAUAAAAAUGCCAAAAUUCAAAAUGCCAUCUUUUGGCUUUAAAGGGCCAAAUAUUGAAGGACCAGAUGUUGAUAUCAAUGUUACAAAACCUGACAUUGAUGUUAAACCACCUGAAUUGGACAUCAGUGGUCCAGAAAUCGAUAUUGAGAGUCCUAGUGGUAAAAUUAAAGGACCAAAAUUCAAGAUGCCAAAAAUUUCAGGACCCAAAAUCUCCAUGCCAGAUGUUGACUUUGAUUUGAAAGGUCCCAAACUCAAAGGAGAUUUAGAUUUAAAAACUCCAAAGAUUGAGGGAGACAUUAAAGUUCCUGAAGUUGAUAUUGAAGGUCCAGAUGUCAGCAUUGAUGGGAAGAAAGGAGGAUUCACAUUACCAAAAGUCAAAAUGCCAUCUUUUGGCAUGAAAGGCCCAAAUAUUGAAGGACCAGAAGCUGACAUACAUGCUAAAAAACCUGAUAUUAACAUCAAACAUCCGGAAAUGGAUAUCAGUGGUCCAGAGAUAGAUAUUGAGACACCAAGUGGAAAGGUAAAAGGACCAAAAUUCAAGAUGCCAAGUAUUUCAGGGCCCAAAAUUUCCAUGCCAGAUGUUGACUUAAAUUUGAAAGGUCCCAAACUCAAAGGUGAUGUGGAUUUGUCCACUCCAAAGAUUGAGGGAGACAUUAAAGCUCCCAAAGUUGACAUUGAAGUACCAGAUAUCAGCGUUGAGAGAAAAAAAGGAGGAAUUAAAAUGCCAAAAUUCAAAAUGCCAUCUUUUGGCUUGAAAGGUCCAAAUAUUGAGGCACCAGAAGUUGACAUCAAUGUUAAAAAACCUGACAUUGACAUUAAAGGACCUGACGUAGACAUCCAUGGUCCAGCAAUUGACAGUGAGAGUUCUAGUGGAAAGAUAAAAGGACCAAAAUUCAAGAUGCCAAGCAUUUCUGGGUCCAAAAUCUCAAUGCCAGACGUUGACUUUAAUUUGAAAGGUCCCAAACUCAAAGGUGAUGUGGAUUUGUCUGCUCCAAAGAUCGAGGGAGACAUUAAAGCUCCAGAAGCUGAUAUUGAAGGACCAGAUAUCAGCAUUGAUGGAAAGAAAGGAGGAUUCACAUUACCAAAAGUCAAAAUGCCAUCUUUUGGCUUUAAAGGCCCAAACAUUGAAGGACCAGAUGUUGAUAUCAAUGUUAAAAAACCUGACAUUAAUGUUAAAGCACCUGAAUUGGAUAUCAGUGGUCCAGAAAUUGACAUUGAGAGUCCUAGUGGCAAGAUCAAGGGACCAAAAUUCAAAAUGCCAAGCAUUUCAGGGCCCAAAGUCUCCAUGCCAGAUGUUGACAUCAAUUUAAAAGGUCCCAAACUCAAAGGUGAUGUGGAUUUGUCCACUCCAAAGAUUGAGGGAGACAUUAAAGUUCCGGAAGUUGAUAUUGAAGGACCAGAAAUCAACAUCGACAAUGAGAAAGGAGGACUUAAAAUGCCAAAAUUCAAAAUGCCAUCUUUUGGCCUGAAAGGUCCACAUAUUGAAGGACCAGAUGUUGACAUCAAUGUUCCAAAACCUGACAUUGACAUUAAAGCACCCGAAUUGGACAUCAAAGGUCCAGAAAUUGAUAUUGACAGCCCUAGUGGCAAGAUCAAAGGACCAAAAUUCAAGAUGCCAAGCAUUUCAGGGCCCAAAAUCUCCAUGCCAGAUGUUGACUUCAAUUUGAAAGGUCCCAACUUCAAAGGUGAUGUGGAUGUUUCAGCUCCAGUGAUUGAGGGAGACAUUAAAGCUCCUGAAGUUAAUAUUGAAGGACCAGAUGUCAGCAUUGCAAGUCACACAGAAGGAAUAAAAAUGCCUAAAUUCAAAAUGCCAUCUUUUGGCUUGAAAGGACCACAUAUUGAAGGGCCAGAUGUUGACAUCAAGGUUCCAAAACCUGAUAUUGAUAUUGAAGCACCUGAAGUGGAUAUCAGUGCUCCAGAAAUUGAUAUUGAGAGUCCUAGUGGCAAGAUCAAAGGACCAAAAUUCAAGAUGCCAAGCAUUUCAGGGCCCAAAAUAUCAAUGCCAGACAUUGAUCUCAAUUUGAAAGGUCCCAAACUCAAGGGUGAUGCGGAUUUGUCAUCUCCAAAGAUUGAAGGAGACAUUAAAGCACCUGAAUUGGAUAUCAGUGCUCCAGAUAUUGAUAUUGAGAGUCCUAGUGGCAAGAUUAAAGGACCAAAAUUUAAAAUGCCCAGCAUUUCAGGGCCCAAAAUGUCAAUGCCAGACAUUGAUCUCAAUUUGAAAGGUCCCAAACUCAAAGGUGAUGUGGAUGUGUCAGGUCCCAAGGUUGAGGGAGAUAUUAAACUUCCUGAAGUUGACAUUGAAGGGCCAGAUGUAAGCAUUGAGGGCCAGAAAGGAGGGAUUAAAAUGCCAAAAUUCAAAAUGCCAUCUUUUGGCAUGAAAGGUCCACAUGUUGAAGGACCAGAUGUUGACAUCAAAGUUCCAAAACCUGACAUUGACAUUAAAGCACCUGAACUGGAUAUCAGUGGUCCAGAAAUUGAUAUUGAGACUCCUAGUGGCAAGAUCAAAGGACCAAAAUUCAAGAUGCCAAGCAUUUCAGGGCCCAAAAUGUCAAUGCCAGAAAUUGAUCUCAAUUUGAAAGGUCCCAAACUCAAAGGUGAUGUGGAUGUGUCAGGUCCCAAGGUUGAGGGAGAUAUUAAACUUCCUGAAGUUGAUAUUGAAGGACCAGAUGUCAGCAUUGAGGGCCAGAAAGGAGGGAUUAAAAUGCCAAAAUUCAAAAUGCCAUCUUUUGGCAUGAAAGGUCCACAUAUUGAAGGACCAGACAUUGACAUCAAAGUUCCAAAACCUGACAUUGACAUUAAAGCACCUGAAAUGGAUAUCAGUGCUCCAGAUAUUGAUAUUGAGAGUCCUAGUGGCAAGAUUAAAGGACCAAAAUUUAAAAUGCCAAGCAUUUCAGGGCCCAAAAUGUCCAUGCCAGACAUUGAUCUCAAUUUGAAAGGUCCCAAACUCAAAGGUGAUGUGGAUGUGUCAGGUCCCAAAGUUGAGGGAGAUAUUAAACUUCCUGAAGUUGAUAUUGAAGGACCAGAUGUCAGCAUCGAGGGGCAGAAAGGAGGAAUUAAAAUGCCAAAAUUCAAAAUGCCAUCUUUUGGCAUGAAAGGUCCACAUAUUGAAGGGCCAGACGUUGACAUCACAGUUCCAAAACCUGACAUUGACAUUAAAGCACCUGAAUUGGAUAUCAGUGGUCCAGAAAUUGAUAUUGAGACUCCUAGUGGAAAGAUCAAAGGACCAAAAUUCAAGAUGCCAAGCAUUUCAGGGCCCAAAAUGUCAAUGCCAGACAUUGAUCUCAAUUUGAAAGGUCCCAAACUCAAAGGUGAUGUGGAUGUGUCAGGUCCCAAGGUUGAGGGAGAUGUUAAACUUCCUGAAGUUGACAUUGAAGGACCAGAUGUAAAAAUUGAUAUUGAGAGUCCUAGUGGAAAGAUCAAAGGACCAAAAUUCAAGAUGCCAAGCAUUUCAGGGCCCAAAAUGUCAAUGCCAGACAUUGAUCUCAAUUUGAAAGGUCCCAAACUCAAAGGUGAUGUGGAUGUAUCAGGUCCCAAGGUUGAGGGAGACAUUAAACUUCCUGAAGUUGACAUUGAAGGACCAGAUGUAAGCAUUGAGGGCCAGAAAGGAGGAAUUAAAAUGCCAAAAUUCAAAAUGCCAUCUUUUGGCAUGAAAGGUCCACAUAUUGAGGGACCAGAUGUUGACAUCAAUGUUCCAAAACCUGACAUUGAUGUUAAAGCACCUGAAUUGGAUAUCAGUGGUCCAGAAAUUGAUAUUGAGACUCCUAGUGGCAAGAUCAAAGGACCAAAAUUCAAGAUGCCAAGCAUUUCAGGGCCCAAAAUGUCAAUGCCAGACAUUGAUCUCAAUUUGAAAGGUCCCAAACUCAAAGGUGAUGUGGAUGUGUCAGGUCCCAAGGUUGAGGGAGAUAUUAAACUUCCUGAAGUUGACAUUGAAGGGCCAGAUGUAAGCAUUGAGGGCCAGAAAGGAGGAAUUAAAAUGCCAAAAUUCAAAAUGCCAUCUUUUGGCAUGAAAGGUCCACAUAUUGAGGGACCAGAUGUUGACAUCAAUGUUCCAAAACCUGACAUUGAUGUUAAAGCACCUGAAUUGGAUAUCAGUGGUCCAGAAAUUGAUAUUGAGACUCCUAGUGGCAAGAUCAAAGGACCAAAAUUCAAGAUGCCAAGCAUUUCAGGGCCCAAAAUGUCAAUGCCAGACAUUGAUCUCAAUUUGAAAGGUCCCAAACUCAAAGGUGAUGUGGAUGUGUCAGGUCCCAAGGUUGAGGGAGAUAUUAAACUUCCUGAAGUUGACAUUGAAGGGCCAGAUGUAAGCAUUGAGGGCCAGAAAGGAGGAAUUAAAAUGCCAAAAUUCAAAAUGCCAUCUUUUGGCAUGAAAGGUCCACAUAUUGAAGGACCAGAUGUUGACAUCAAUGUUCCAAAACCUGACAUUGAUGUUAAAGCACCUGAAUUGGAUAUCAGUGCUCCAGAAAUUGAUAUUGAGACUCCUAGUGGCAAGAUCAAAGGACCAAAAUUCAAGAUGCCAAGCAUUUCAGGGCCCAAAAUGUCAAUGCCAGACAUUGAUCUCAAUUUGAAAGGUCCCAAACUCAAAGGUGAUGUGGAUGUGUCAGGUCCCAAGGUUGAGGGAGAUAUUAAACUUCCUGAAGUUGACAUUGAAGGACCAGAUGUAAGCAUUGAGGGCCAGAAAGGAGGACUUAAAAUGCCAAAAUUCAAAAUGCCAUCUUUUGGCAUGAAAGGUCCACAUAUUGAAGGACCAGAUGUUGACAUCAAUGUUCCAAAACCUGACAUUGAUGUUAAAGCACCUGAAUUGGAUAUCAGUGGUCCAGAAAUUGAUAUUGAGACUCCAAGUGGCAAGAUCAAAGGACCAAAAUUCAAGAUGCCAAGCAUUUCAGGGCCAAAAAUUUCCAUGCCAGAUGUUGACUUCAACUUAAAAGGUCCCAACCUCAAAGGUGAUGUGGAUGUGUCAGGUCCCAAGGUUGAGGGAGAUUUUAAACUUCCUGAAGGUGAUAUUGAAGGACCAGAUGUCAGCAUCGAGGGGCACAAAGGAGGAAUCAAAAUGCCAAAAUUCAAAAUGCCAUCUUUUGGCAUGAAAGGUCCACAUAUUGAAGGACCAGAUGUUGACAUCAAUGUUCCAAAACCUGACAUUGAUGUUAAAGUACCUGAAUUGGAUAUCAGUGGUCCAGAAAUUGAUAUUGAGACUCCAAGUGGCAAGAUCAAAGGACCAAAAUUCAAGAUGCCAAGCAUUUCAGGGCCAAAAAUUUCUAUGCCAGAUGUUGACUUCAACUUAAAAGGUCCCAACCUCAAAGGUGAUGUGGAUGUGUCAGGUCCCAAAGUUGAGGGAGAUUUUAAACUUCCUGAAGAUGAUAUUGAAGGACCAGAUGUCAGCAUCGAGGGGCACAAAGGAGGAAUCAAAAUGCCAAAAUUCAAAAUGCCAUCUUUUGGCAUGAAAGGCCCACAUAUUGAAGGGCCAGACGUUGACAUCAAUGUUCCAAAACCUGACAUUGACAUUAAAGCACCUGAACUGGAUAUCAGUGCUCCAGAAAUUGAUAUUGAGAGUCCUAGUGGCAAGAUCAAAGGACCAAAAUUCAAGAUGCCAAGCAUUUCAGGGCCCAAAAUGUCAAUGCCAGACAUUGAUCUCAAUUUGAAAGGUCCCAAACUCAAAGGUGAUGUGGAUGUGUCAGGUCCCAAGGUUGAGGGAGAUAUUAAACUUCCUGAAGUUGAUAUUGAAGGACCAGAUGUAAGCAUUGAGGGCCAGAAAGGAGGAAUUAAAAUGCCAAAAUUCAAAAUGCCAUCUUUUGGCCUGAAAGGUCCACAUAUUGAAGGACCAGAUGUUGACAUCAAUGUUCCAAAACCUGACAUUGACAUUAAAGCACCUGAACUGGAUAUCAGUGCUCCAGAAAUUGAUAUUGAGAGUCCUAGUGGCAAGAUCAAAGGACCAAAAUUCAAGAUGCCAAGCAUUUCAGGGCCCAAAAUGUCAAUGCCAGACAUUGAUCUCAAUUUGAAAGGUCCCAAACUCAAAGGUGACAUGGAUGUGUCAGGUCCCAAAGUUGCGGGAGAUAUUAAACUUCCUGAAGUUGACAUUGAAGGACCAGAUGUAAGCAUUGAGGGCCAGAAAGGAGGAAUAAAAAUGCCAAAAUUCAAAAUGCCAUCUUUUGGCAUGAAAGGUCCACAUAUUGAAGGACCAGAUGUUGACAUCAAUGUUCCAAAACCUGACAUUGACAUUAAAGCACCUGAAUUGGAUAUCAGUGGUCCAGAAAUUGAUAUUGAGACUCCUAGUGGCAAGAUCAAAGGGCCAAAAUUCAAGAUGCCAAGCAUUUCAGGGCCCAAAAUGUCCAUGCCAGAUGUUGACUUCAACUUGAAAGGUCCCAACCUCAAAGGUGAUGUGGAUGUGUCAGGUCCCAAGGUUGAGGGAGAUGUUAAACUUCCUGAAGUUGAUAUUGAAGGACCAGAUGUCAGCAUCGAGGGGCAGAAAGGAGGAAUCAAAAUGCCAAAAUUCAAAAUGCCAUCUUUUGGCAUGAAAGGUCCACAUAUUGAAGGGCCAGAUGUUGACAUCAAGGUUCCAAAACCUGACAUUGACAUUAAAGCACCUGAACUGGAUAUCAGUGCUCCAGAAAUUGAUAUUGAGAGUCCUAGUGGAAAGAUCAAAGGACCAAAAUUCAAGAUGCCAAGCAUUUCAGGGCCCAAAAUGUCAAUGCCAGACAUUGAUCUCAAUUUGAAAGGUCCCAAACUCAAAGGUGACAUGGAUGUGUCAGGUCCCAAAGUUGAGGGAGAUAUUAAACUUCCUGAAGUUGACAUUGAAGGACCAGAUGUAAGCAUUGAGGGCCAGAAAGGAGGAAUAAAAAUGCCAAAAUUCAAAAUGCCAUCUUUUGGCAUGAAAGGUCCACAUAUUGAAGGACCAGAUGUUGACAUCAAUGUUCCAAAACCUGACAUUGACAUUAAAGCACCUGAAUUGGAUAUCAGUGGUCCAGAAAUUGAUAUUGAGACUCCUAGUGGCAAGAUCAAAGGGCCAAAAUUCAAGAUGCCAAGCAUUUCAGGGCCCAAAAUGUCCAUGCCAGAUGUUGACUUCAACUUGAAAGGUCCCAACCUCAAAGGUGAUGUGGAUGUGUCAGGUCCCAAAGUUGAGGGAGAUAUUAAACUUCCUGAAGUUGAUAUUGAAGGACCAGAUGUCAGCAUCGAGGGGCAGAAAGGAGGAAUCAAAAUGCCAAAAUUCAAAAUGCCAUCUUUUGGCAUGAAAGGUCCACAUAUUGAAGGGCCAGAUGUUGACAUCAAGGUUCCAAAACCUGACAUUGACAUUAAAGCACCUGAAUUAGAUAUCAGUGUUCCAGAAAUUGAUAUUGACAGCCCUAGUGGCAAGAUCAAAGGACCAAAAUUCAAGAUGCCAAGCAUUUCAGGGCCCAAAAUGUCAAUGCCAGACAUGGAUCUCAAUUUGAAAGGUCCCAAACUCAAAGGUGAUGUGGAUGUGUCAGGUCCCAAGGUUGAGGGAGAUAUUAAACUUCCUGAAGUUGAUAUUGAAGGAUCAGAUCUAAGCAUUGAGGGCCAGAGAGGAGGGAUUAAAAUGCCAAAAUUCAAAAUGCCAUCUUUUGGCAUGAAAGGUCCACAUAUUGAAGGACCAGACGUUGACAUUAAAGUUCCAAAACCUGACAUUGAUGUUAAAGCACCUGAAUUGGAUAUCAGUGGUCCAGAAAUUGAUAUUGAGACUCCUAGUGGCAAGGUCAAAGGACCAAAAUUCAAGAUGCCAAGCAUUUCAGGGCCCAAAAUCUCAAUGCCAGAUCUUGAUGUCAAUUUGAAAGGUCCGAAACUCAAAGGUGACGUGGAUUUGUCUGCUCCAAAGAUUGAGGGAGAUGUUAAAGUUCCUGAAGUUGAUAUUGAAGGACCAGAUGUCAACAUUGGUGGCAAGAAAGGGGGAUUAACCAUGCCAAAAUUCAAAAUGCCAUCUUUUGGCAUGAAAGGCUCAAAUAUUGAAGGACCAGAUGUUGACAUCAAUGUUCCAAAACCUGACAUUGAUGUUAAAGCACCUCAAGUGGAUAUCGGUGGUCCAGAUAUUGAUAUUGAGAGUCCUAGCGGCAAGAUCAAAGGACCAAAAUUCAAGAUGCCACGCAUUUCAGGGCCCAAAAUCUCCAUGCCAGACGUUGACUUUAAUUUGAAAGGUCCCAACCUCAAAGGUGAUUUGGAUGAAGUUGACAUCAAGGGUCCUCAAAUUGACAUACAAGGACCUAAAGAUAGGGUAGAAAUCCCCAAAAUAAAAAUGCCAUCCAUUAACAUUAACGAUCCAAAAACAGAGGGUCCUGAUGUAAAUAUCAACCUUGCCAAACCUGUCAUUGACUUAAAUGUGCCCAGUGUUGACAUUAAAGGACCACAGGUUGAUAUUCAAGGUUCUGAAGGCGGGAUUGAAAUGCCAAAAAUAAAAAUGCCAUCAUUUGACAUGAAGAGCUCAAAGGUUGAGGGUCCACACAUUGACAUGAAUCUUCCCAAAGCUAAGAUUGACUCUAAAUCACCUGGUUUUAAUAUCAAUCUCAAAGGGUCUAAAAUCAAAGGAGACAUAGACUCUUCUGUUCCCAAACUGGAAGGAGGGGCUCAAAUUAAUGCACCUGCUGUUACAAUGGAAGGUGCUUCUCUUGAUAUUGAAAAAACUGGUGUCAAAUUUCCUAAAUUCAAGGGCCCUAAGUUUGGAGUGAAAACACCAAAUGUAGAAGCACCUGAAUCCACAGUUAAGUCCCCCAUGUACAGUAUCAGUGCCACAGGUCCUAAAACAGAAUUUAGCCUUCCAGAUACUGACGCAAACCUUGAAGUGCCUGACAUUGACAUCAGUGUAAAGGGGAAAAAGGGUAAGUUUAAACUACCUAAAGUUAAAGGAAAGGCAAAGAAACCAGAUACCGACUUUACAUCACCUGAAGUAGAUCUGGAUUUAGACACACCAAACAUCCACACAAAAGGCACAAAGAAACCACUUUUUGGUAAACUUCAUUUUCCUGAUGUGGAAUUAGAUAUCAAAUCACCAAAGUCAAAAGGAGAAGGAUCUUCAUCAGGAUUGAAGUUAUCUGAUGUUGAUUUGCCAAGUGCGUCUUUGAACACUACUGGAAGUCCAAAAGUUAGUUUGGAGGGGACAGAUGUGACAUCUAAUGUUAAAAUUCCAAAUCUGAAGGUGUCCUCUUCUGAUACUGGUGUCAGUCUAAAAAAAGGAGAGGCAACCCUAUCUGCAGAUAUUAAAAGCCAACAAAUGAACAUCAAAGGUGGCAUGCAGGCUGAUACAGAUGUCGCAGAAGAUAAUGGAUCUACUGCCCUUCAAUACCCAGAGGGUUCAGUUACAUUUCCCAAAAUCAAGAUACCAAAGUUUGGUAUUGCUCUGCCCCAGUUAGAAGGCCAGGAAGGAGGAGGAAAUAUUGAAUCAGAACUUGGAUCUCACGGAGGCAUAAACAUUCAGUCUCCAUCUGCAAGUUGUCAAACUAGUUCACUUAAUAUUGAGGUUCCAAGUCCUGAAGUGAAAGUCAGUGAAAGCAAGGUAAAGGUCAAGAUGCCUAAAUUUUUUGGCAAGUCAAAAGCAAAGGGCAGUAGUGCAAGUGACCUUACAGCCCCAGAGGUAGGAUUAAGUACAAGUGGAAAAGGAGGGAUAGUUUCUAAAGACGUAAGUGUGCACGGUGGUGACAUGAGUGGAAAAUUAGCAUUUGAGGGAGAUCCUGGAGUCAGUGUGUCAACUAAAGGAAAGUCAGCCUCACUGGACCUAUUUAAGAAAUCAAAGCAUCGAUCUACUUCUGAUGAGGGAGGACUUGCAGUUAGUUCCCCUGCAGCUCAUUUAGAAGCAGAGGGUGACAUUUCGUUAGACCUGGGAGGAGCCAAGGGCAAAGGAAAGAAAGGAAAAUUGAAAUUUGGCACCUUUGGGGGCUUUGGUUCAAAGUCAAAGGGCUCAUAUGAAGUGACACUUGGUGAGGAUAGUGAAGCAUCAGCGGAGGGAAAUGCAGGUGCUUCACUACCCUCUAAAAAGUCAAGAUUGUCUUCAUCUUCUAGCAGUGAAAGUGGUUCAAAAGGUGGUUUCAGGUUUCCAAAACUAGAGCUGUCUGUUUCACCAAAACAUGAUUAAUUAUAAGAAAAGUUAAACUCUCUCAUGUACAUUAAAACACCCUCUCCCAAAAUGACAAAAAAACAAAUGUAAAUUUGUGUCUUUAAAGCCUAAGAGGAGGUACACUGUCAUCUCAAUGUUGAUUGUUACAAUCAAAAUUUUUACUAACAUUACAGUUCAUGAGAUUGUUUAAAAUCCAUUAAAAAUGUAAAUAAGAUUAAUUUGUAUUGUAAUAGAAAUAUUUUUUGUACAUAGUCCAGAUUUAUUGAACCUAUACCAUCUCACAAAAUUUUCACCUCACUUCAUUACAGGGUUUUUCAUAUUGUCCUUUAUCAUUCUAUUAAAUAAAUGCUGGUAAUGGAUGGUUGCAGUAUAUUUGUAUGCAGGGGUCUAGUGCACAAAACACAUAGUUACAAUAGUUAUUUUGAAGGAAAAAAAAUGUUUAUAAACCCCAGAUACCAACUAUAAACAGUUACCAUUUAAUUUUUUUAAAGUAUGAAAUGUUUUUAGAUUUUAGCUCUAAUAUAAUCAGUGCAGAAGCAUAUUAAUGCAACACAGAGCUGGCCCUUCAUUGAAUAUUCUACAGAGUGAUGGUGUAUAUACUUGCUUACCAUAAUUGCAUUGACAAUCACAACAUUUGUAAACUAUCAACUCUCUUAAGUGCUGUCAGUACUUUUUCAUUCACUAUUCAGCAAAUUUAUUUACUAUUAAAUUCUGUGUCAUUUUUCAAAUAAAUUUCUUUUAAAAUGUUUUUUCUUCCAAUACCUGUGUCAUUUUCAGCUGUUUUAUUUUUUUUUCUUCAUCACUGUUUUUGUACUUGUUACGAUUAUGUGGAAAAUGUCACAAAAACACUUUCUGAUGUCAUCUGUUUGCAAACCAAAUUUAUUUUGAUAGAGAGUUGUGUUUAGGUUUAAUCAGAUAUGAUGCUGAUAGAGCAUGAUUUUUGGGUCUAUCUUUUUGUGUGCAUUCUGCCAAAUAAACAAAAUAAAAAGAUUUACAUUA